GGCCCCGGCCGAAUCAAACCAAAACCACCACCGAUUGGUUUUACCCCCCACGAAAAAAAAAUUUCGCGUCUCCCCCCGUCUGCGCAGCCCCCAGAUCCGGCGCCGUCCGCUCCUCGAUCACCGCGCCCGCAGGUCGGGGGGUUUGCGCGCCCCGGGCACCGGAGGAGGAGGAGCGGCAUGGCGGCGCCGCCGGCGAGGGCCCGGGCCGACUACGACUACCUUAUUAAGCUGCUCCUCAUUGGGGAUAGCGGUGUUGGCAAGAGUUGCCUCCUAUUGCGGUUCUCCGAUGGUUCCUUCACUACAAGCUUUAUUACCACAAUUGGGUAAGUCUCAUUGGUCUCAUGAAGAUUGUUUAACUGCUCAUCAUGCCUUCCCACAUCCAAAGGGAAUGCAGUAUUUGUGCUCUCCACCACUGAUUUCAAUGCUUGUUUUGUGCAGUAUUGAUUUUAAGAUAAGAACAAUAGAGUUGGAUGGUAAACGCAUCAAGCUACAGAUUUGGGAUACAGCCGGCCAAGAACGCUUCCGGACCAUUACCACUGCAUACUACCGAGGAGCAAUGGGCAUCCUGUUGGUUUAUGAUGUCACCGACGAGUCUUCUUUUAACAACAUCCGAAACUGGAUUCGGAACAUCGAGCAACAUGCCUCUGAUAAUGUCAACAAAAUAUUGGUCGGCAAUAAGGCAGAUAUGGAUGAGAGCAAAAGGGCUGUACCUACUGCAAAAGGACAAGCGCUUGCUGAUGAGUACGGGAUCAAGUUCUUUGAAACUAGUGCCAAGACAAACCUUAAUGUCGAGCAAGUGUUUUUCUCAAUUGCACGUGACAUCAAGCAGAGGCUUGCGGAGACUGAUUCUAAGCCUGAGGAGAAAGCAAUCAAAAUUAACAAGCCAGACCAGGGUGCCGAGCAAGCAGCUGGUCAGCGAUCCGCUUGCUGCGGCUCAUAAGAGAUGUGCAACGUCCAUGAUCAUUGGUUAUUUGACGUUAUUUAUUUCCCGCUUGGCUAUUAUAGGAAGAAUUUGAAGAAGCCACUUAUGAUAUACUGAUGUGGUUGUACCUGUGUUUGCUUCCAUUCUUUGAAGCAAUCACCUCUUGCUGUUGACGUAGCUAUUGCUAUUGCUGGGAGCUAUUGCACUCUGGAUUUCGGUCCGUUGAAAAAAAUCUCUCCUCCCUACAGUGUGUAAUGAAUGAAAUCCAUGUCGUUGGGUUUGCAUUUUAUCCAUCAAUGCAUGGAAUAACGUGAUGCUCUGACGUGCAUUGUGGCA